AUGCCUCCCCGAAAGAAGUUCAAGUCUGGUCACCCCGAUGAGAUACACGAGGUCUCGAGUCCACUUGAUCCUUCCGCGUUAGUUUUGGCCGCCGGACCGGUAUUAUGGGGAAUGCCUGCGGAGAUACUUCGACUGAUCGCCCUCGAAAUGACUCUCGCGGACCUAUAUCACUUAUCGCAGACGUGCAAGGACAUGCGUGUCCGUCUUUGGUGCAGGAGCGCAACGUUCAUAUGGACGGACGUGAUAAAGGCGAAGGCGCACGGUUCUUGUGUCCCCCCGCUGCCGCCCUUUCUGAAGGUCCCUGAGUACAUGCACUUUUUGCUUUCAUCACAUUGUUAUAACUGCGGGGCGGCUGGGGCAGAUAUCUUCUGCCCAUACAUGGCUCGUGCAUGUUCUGUAUGCUUGCGAAACGAGUCAGGCGUGACCAUCUGGUACGGCGAUGCUGCUAAGCAGAUCCAGUCGCUCAGUCGCGACCUCAGCGACGCCGUUCUCGGACAUACGACUCUUUCACAGUAUUUCAUCGUUCAAGAUCCUUCCGACGACAAGACUGAUGAGGAGAAAAACCGGGUCCUUCGGCGCGACGUAGACCUGAUGGUCCAACGAUUCAAGGAACUCGGCGCACCCGAAUCUAAGCAAGGUAUAGAAGGUAUCACCAACACCCUGAAGGACGUCUGCAGAUACCAACUCGAUUGCUCUCGAAGGUACCACGACGCGCUCCGCAAGGCACAACUUAAGGAGGAUCGAAGGAAACGCUUCGCCGAGACGCUUGUGCGUCUGCGCCAGAAUGGCUGGGGCAAGGAGCUGGAUUACUUGGGCGCCUACGGCAAAUGCGCCAUAAGGAACCUCGACUAUGUGCGCCAUGGUGUGGAACGAAACGGCGAGUGCCCAGUGGAGGAUAUCCUACUUCCCAGGACGCGCCCGGAACUGCAUUAUGAAGAACCCCGCGCUGUGCUCCGUUCCCGUAUAGUCGCACUCGAGGCAGCUAUCGUCGCAUACUGCAUCCAACUUCCGCGGACCUCGGAGAUGGAUAUCCGUCCGCAGGCGAUUGACCUCGUAUUCGUGCCCGAGUGUCGCGCCAUCUUGGAACUCCCCCACCCAGAAGUCGUCACCCCCGAUCACUUCGCUGCCAUCAUCCCAGGGUUGGUGCAGACGUGGGACAUUGAAGUUAGGGAGCAACUGACGCACUACGUUCGCCGGCACAUCGGACACGUUCCCUCUGACAUCGACCCUCUCAACUUAGCUGUUGCUGCCUUCGCAUGCCCUGAACAUACACGUAACCACGCGGAUCCUCGCAAGGCCGGUCGACACGUCAGUCCUAUGCAUUACCCCUCGGUGCUCGGCCAUACAUGUUUUCGUCGCACGGCCACUAGACUGCCAUACGCAGAGGAGGAUGGCUACGCACGCAGCAUCGCGCGAGUAGAUCUCUCGUACGGCGAGCUCGCGGAGCUGGAACAGAGAAACGGUUGGACCCAGCACAAGGCGCCCUUCGACGCCAGCUUCCUCGAGGACGGCCCCGCGGCGGGCACGGCUACGCAGGUCAUGCGCGGGAUCGUCUCUGCACUCGGCCUCGACCCAGGGCGGGCGACCGUCGACGAUCUGAAGGCAUGCGGCGGUUGGCUGCGGUGCGUCCAAUGCAGACAGUCGCACAAGAGCAUGAGGUACGUAUACGACUGGGUAGCCGCGUUCGAACAUGCAUACGGGCACGCUGUCAACAAUGCGGAGGUCGGAGCCCGGUGGGAGCGCGUCGACCAAGCAAGCGUGUUGGUCGCCAUCGAGCAGUUCGAUGCGCAGCGCGAUCGCGUGUGUGACCCCGGAACAUACUGGGCCUGCUCGUUGUGUCCGUCAUUCGACUCAUUCGGCAAGGGUAUGAAGCAGCAUCUCGAGUCGCGGCAUAGUCUCGCAGAUUCCAACCAAGCCAUUCGCGACGGCACGAUAUAUGCUCAUCCAUUGAAGACGCACAAGAGCAGGGGUCGCUGUAUCAAAAGCCCGCUUUGUGACGAGCACGAGCGCCGCUAUGUGGAUUAUGCAAACAAUGUCGAAACCGAAGUCGAAUCGGACUCCGAGUGA